UUGUCUCAACACUUUGUUUUCCCUCAUGGUUUAAGGCUUUUCUCCACUUAGCUCUUGUAUUUAUCACCAGUACACCCAAGAAUGGCGUUCACUGCUUCUCAGUUGGCCUUUGUUUUUGGCAUUCUUGGAAAUGGGGUGUCGUUCUUGGUGUACUUGUCCCCAAUACCAACUUUCUAUAGGAUAUAUAAGCGAAAAUCCACGGAAGGAUUCCAGUCUAUACCUUAUUCGGUUUCGCUAUUCAGUGCCAUGCUUUAUUUGUACUAUGCUUUUCUCAAAGAAAAUAAUGGCACUUUGCUGAUAACCAUUAACAGCUUCGGAUCAGCAAUUGAAUUGAUAUAUCUCACAAUUUUCUUGAUAUAUGCCACCAGAGAGGCCAAGAUUUACACUACGAAGCUGCUGCUUUUGUUUAACAUAGGGUUAUUUGGAGCAAUCGUCGGCCUGACAUAUACAUUCGCCAAAAGUGACACGCGACUCAACAUCGUCGGUUGGAUCUGUGCUGUAUUUUCUGUUAUUGUUUUUGCUGCUCCUCUUAGCAUUAUGAAACGUGUUAUCCAAACAAAGAGCGUUGAGUUCAUGCCAUUCCCACUUUCUUUCUUCCUCACAAUUUGUGCCAUCACAUGGUUUUUCUAUGGUUUUUUGAUAAAAGACAUGUACAUUGCAACGCCAAACGUUUUAGGAUUUUCAUUCGGAAUUGCACAGAUGAUACUGUACGCGAUCUUCAGAAACAGAAAGCAACAAGUCCUACCCGACAUUAAUCUAAACAAUCUGAAAGAAGUCGUCAUUGAUAUUAAAGUGGCGGUGCUGGAGAAUCAAGAAAAAGCUGAUGAUCAGAAAAAGCAAGAAGAAGUUGAUGAUGCUCAUGAAAAAAAGGAUUUGAGUAAGAAGCAAGAAGUUGUACUAACAGCUUCUAACGUACGAGAAAAUUAAUCCACGUCCAUUAUGCAACGUAACCUAUUUAUGCUUUUGCUGAUUGGCUUAAGAAACUAUUAUCCGAAAGAAAAAAAUGAUGCACCGAGAUUUAAGCUCUAGGGGUAUUUAGGCCUUCUACGAAGAGACACUUUGCCCCAAAUAGCCAAAGUGGUAGAAAGAUGUAAAGGGGGAACUUAUAAUGUAAUAUCAGAUGAGUGCAUCCUAAUGUAUAGGUAGUUACACUGUU